GUUCUUUAUAAGAGUGCCUCACCUUGCCUGCACAGACACAUGAAGACAGAAACCAAAUACAUCUGGAGCUUUAAGUGCUACAGACCACACCAUGCAGUUCAACACAAUUGUCUUCCUGCUGGUCCUGUCUGGUGUCUGUGUUGCACUGGCACAAACAACCUAUGAAGACUGCUGUUUUAAGUAUGUGAAUGAAAUGAAACAGCGCACUCAAAGGCACGCAGUGAAGUACAGAGUGCAGGUGGUCGAUGGAGGCUGCAACAUCCCUGCUAUAAUCUUCACCAUGAAGAAGGGGCGUGAGCUGUGCACAGACCCAAGAGAGAGAUGGGUAUCAGACCUAAUGAAGAAGAUUGACAAAAAGAGACCCAUAAAUGAUGAUCACAAGAAAGCCAAGAAGCUCCGAUGGCUGUUUAUAGGCUGAGGGCGAUCCGCCUGCUCCAAGCGCCCCCAGCCACCUUUCAUCCAUCUGUUAAAUCUUAUGAUUGAGAAACGCACAGUUUUAAGAAGGUUUUAUGAUGUCUUACUGGAAGUCAUUUGAGGUGGUUAAUUAAGGAAAUCUUGUAGCAUUACUUUUGCUUUCACUCUGCACUAAGAUAAAGGUCGCUUGGGUAGAAACACAGCAGCACUCUGUUGUACAGGAAUGAACUGCAUGAAUACAUAAAUACCUUCCAUAGCGUAGUUGCUUCAAUGACAAUAUUUGUGACUUUUUUUAAAAACACAAGCUAGUAAAUACGCUGUUUAAUUAAUGGUGAUGUAAACCAUUAAUGUAAAUAUAAACGAUAAUAUUAGAUCUAUGUAAUAUUUAGUAUGUCUUGCUUGACGUGUCUAAAUGUCCAUCAAAUACUUGUUUAUUUGCAGGCAAAAAAUGUUCAAAAUGUCUUCUGAAAUGUGUGUCAUAGAAAGGGAUGUCUGUCUUUUCAUACAUUUGUUGUAUAGGUUUUAUUAUGUGUUCCCAUAAAUGCAUUAUAACAAUAAACUUGCUUAUUGCUUU